AAAAUUAAAAUUAAAAAACAAAACCAACUGUCAUCUGUUUUUCUUUUUCUUUCUUCCUUUUUUUUUUUUUCAGUUUGUGCCCAUCUUUCAACAGCUUUGUCUCCGAUUCUGUUACAAUCUUUCUGUUUUUCUUUCUAAAUAAAUGCCAGUUGAAUCUUUUUGAAAAAGGCCAUUGUUUUGACUGACUUUCCUUCUACAUGAAUGUAAUUUAUCGGAUUUUUUAUUGUUCUUCUUCCUUGUUGUAGAUGUUGGGCCGUUUCCAGAAAUGGGUGUGGUGAUUUUGGGAUGAAUUUCAUAAUUCCAAGCGCAGUUUUGGGAUUUUAGGGAGUUGGGCUUUUUCGGGCAUUGGUUUUUGGAAGUGGUUUCUGUUCAGUAUUGGUUUUGGAGUUUUUUGGGCAGAGAUUUCUUGACAUCUGGAGUUGUUUUGACAGGAGGUUUUUGGGAUUUGGAUUCUUCUGGGAAUUGGGUUUUCUUCUUUUAAUAGAAAUGUAACGGAUUUGGGGGUGAAUUUUCAUGAAAUUUUGGGUUGGUUUGAGUGGAUUUUGAUAUUACCUGGGGAAUUCUGGCAUUGGGUUGUGUUCUUCAUAUCCAAAUGUGAGGGAUGUUGGGUGAAAUUCUUAUGAAUUCAAGGUAUUUUCUUCAUAUUUGGGAUUUUGAGUUGUGUUCUUGUAAUGAUGCAUGCAUCAGUGGGUAUUAAGACGGGAUUAGGAACAAAGGGAAAGUGAGAGUGGUAGAUAGGAUUCUGGUUUUUUGUUCACGAGAAAAUGGGGUUUUCCAGUCACAAGAAAGGUGUCGUGCGGAGCUCAGAUUCUCAGCUGUAACAAUCAGUGCGGUGGCUUUAUUGAGUAGAGUCCUAUUUUCCUUUCCGUGUUGGAUGUCUGUUUGAAGGGAGGAAGUAGAAUCUCGGAUCGCGGUCUUCUUCUUUUUCGUCCUUCUGUUUAUGCCCCUUUGUGUUUUUGAGAUGGGUCAUUUUUCGGCGGUUUGGGAUCAGAGAGCUGCGAUCGAGAUCUCCAAGGACUGGAAUGGGAUCGAUCAGGUCACGCUUAGAAUGCCACGAGGAGCUUCUGCUCGGGUUAGCUUGCAUGGUGGUCAGGUCAUUUCAUGGAGGAACGAUCGUGGGGAAGAACUCCUGUUCACUAGCAGUAAGGCUAUAUUUAAGCCACCAAAAGCAAUGCGAGGAGGAAUCCCCAUUUGUUUCCCGCAGUUUGGAAACUGUGGAUCACUGGAGCAACAUGGGUUUGCAAGGAACAAGAUUUGGACCAUUGAUGAUGAUCCUCCACCUCUUCAUCCUGCUGAGUACAUUGGCAAAUCUGCUAUAGACUUGCUACUGAAACCAUCUGAAGAGGAUCUAAAGUGCUGGCCCCACUGUUUUGAGUUCCGUCUUAGAGUGGCUCUUGCGUUGAAUGGAGAUCUCACCAUGAUAUCGCGGAUUAGGAACCUCGACAGCAAGCCAUUUAGUUUCUCUUUUGCUUUCCACACAUAUUUCUCUGUUUCUGACAUCAGUGAAGUGAGGAUAGAAGGGCUGGAGACACUUGAUUAUCUGGACAACCUUUGCCAACGAGAACGCUUCACUGAACAAGGAGAUGCCAUAACAUUUGAGUCUGAGGUGGAUCGCAUUUAUCUUAGUUCUCCAAAUGUAAUUGCAGUCCUUGACCACGAAAAGAAGCAGACGUUUGUUAUAAGAAAAGAGGGGCUUCCCGAUGUUGGGAUAAUGGGCAGUCAAGAUUGAGCAAAGAAGCAAAAUAGGUCCAUCAUCAUCUUGAGCCAUCUAUUUGAUAGAUCCUGCUUUUAUAUUGCUUAUGAUUCCAAAGUAGCACUUUGGUUUGAUGAUUCUAACAGUGUGAUCUAUGGUAUGUAAAAAAUAGACAGAACAAAUUGGAAUCAUUCAUGGGGUUACAAUCAUCCAAUCGGUGUGAUUCUUGGUCAUGACUUGCUCCCUAUGUUACUAUUGAAUGAACAGUCCGGAUUGAUGAUUGGGCACCCCACGUGUCACAUUGGGGACAAUUAGGAAAAUCCACACACAACUAGUUGGCAUGUGGGACCCACCAUGGUGUUUGUAUGGCAUUUUGCCCAUCCAACUAUCAGGUGGGGCACACCAUAGAACUGUGUGUGUUCUCACACACACACAACCCUUAAGUCCAACCGGUUGGACAACAAGUUAUAC